GCCCCCUCUCGCAGCCUGAGCCGUGCGGAGAAGGGCAGGAGAAGGGUCGCGCACCUGCGGCAGAGUAAUAUUCUUAGGUGCACUGAAUCUGUCUUAUUGUUGCCUUCCUCUAUCUUCAUUAUCAGCAUUUGGUGAGUGCAAAGCAAAUAAAAACAUGUACAGAAUCCCAAAAUCUUCAGGUAGCACCUAUCUACCUCGGGAUGAAACAAGCCAUGGCACCAAUAGUGACACCUCAGACACAGAAAAUCAAAGCCAAGAUUUAAACUGGCUAUCUCAAAGACAAGGACGUAUACCCAGUAGUACUGAAAGCCAGACCCCUAUUAGUCUCAGGCAGGAAGAUAGGCAGCUUCAACACUCACCCAAAAAAGGUAUCAGGCUUGUCUUCCACUUGCUAGGACUAUGCAUAACAGUUCUGUCGCACUUUGUGAUGAAAAUAUGCAGCGCUUUUGCAAGGAAGAUUUGGGCUCGAAAGAUUAUUUCAUUGGUGCUGUUCCUCCUUUCUUUAUUCUUUUUUGGUACUUACUACAUGGGAUUGCUUGAUGGAGGAGGAAUUCAGAUGUCCAGGGGAAUAUAUAAUGGCUUUGUCCUCUAUGAUUUUAACCAUUUCUGGCACAAGGAUGAAUCAGAGAUAUAUGGAAUGGAUCUGGAGUCUCUAAGGCAGGCAAACCAUGUUUUGAAAGAAAUCCAAUCUCUUAAAGAGCAGGUAGAUAAGCUACAGACAGAGCUUCAUGCUCUGAGACAAGGUACAAAGGAGAUCACCCAGCGUGCUAUCAGUGAAGCCCUGGAAGGGAGUGAGAUCAAAGGUGUUACAACAUGGACUGUUAAAAGGAUGCUGAAUAAAGUACUUGAAAAGUUGGAUGAAGACCAAGUCCAGAUGCCUGAUUAUGCCCUAAAAUCAGCAGGUGCCAGCAUUGUUCAGUCCAGAACUACCAGGAGCUACCGUCAUAAUAGAGGAAAAUUCUUUUGGUUAUCAUUUCCAAUGCUGGUUUUUGUAAAGUCUCCAGAAGUUAUUCUUCAGCCCAACAAUUACCCUGGGGACUGCUGGCCUUUCCCAGGAAGUCAGGGUGAAACUGUCAUCAAACUGGCUAUGGAAAUAAUUCCAAGAGCAGUUACAAUGGAGCACAUUCCCAAGAAAAUCUCCCCUACAGGAGAAAUCUCCAGUGCUCCUAAGGACUUCGCUGUCUAUGGCCUAAAGGAGGAAGAUGAGGAGCAAGGAACUUUCUUAGGAGAGUUCAUAUAUAACUGUGAAGGAGAUUUAUUUCAAACAUUCCAAUUGAAGAAUGAACUUUCUGAAUUCAUGAGGUAUGUGAAACUGAAAGUGCUGAACAAUUGGGGCCACCCAGAAUAUACCUGCAUUUAUCGAUUCAGGGUACACGGAGAUCUAAAACAUACCCAGGAGUUCUUUGAACAGAGCCCAAUACCUUAGGAACCACCACCAGCAAAUUAAAAAUGAAAUUCUUAAGAUCCACUCCGCUUCAUCACCCAAGUGAAAGGGUGUCCAUAGCAGACAAAAAUAAAAAU